GAUCUAAAGGAAACAGUGACCUUGGCUGCUUUUUCCAAAACCAAGAGAGUCUUGCAGAAGAAAAACGGCUGGCGGUUUGGGCUUGUUUCUUCAAGAUUUUUGUUGUUGUUGUUCUCAGGUCCAAAGAUAACAAGAAGCAACUGUUUAAAAAAAGCAGCGUCAAAAGGCUUAGAAAUGGCCAGUGGUCAGUCAAACUGCUUUCACUGCAAGGAUUCGCUUUGUGGGAAACGAUACAUCAUGAAAGAAGAAAACGCUUUCUGUGUGAAAUGCUAUGACAGCCUCUUUGCUAACUUUUGUGAAAAAUGUCAUAAAGCCAUUGAAUGUGACUCCAAGGAUCUUGCUUAUAAAGGCUGCCACUGGCAUGAAACGUGCUUCAAGUGUGCCCAAUGCCAUCACUCCCUGGUUGAGAAGCCUUUUGCAGCUAAAGAUGAGCGCCUGCUGUGUACAACUUGCUAUUCUAAUGAAUAUUCAUCUAAGUGCUUUCACUGCAAGAGGACUAUCAUGCCUGGUUCUCGUAAAAUGGAAUUUAAAGGCAAUUGUUGGCAUGAAACUUGCUUUGUUUGCCAGUAUUGCCGGCAACCACUAGGAAUGAAACCUUUGAUUACCAAGGAUGAUGACAAUUACUGUGUACCCUGUUAUGAGAAGCAAUUUGCACAGUAUUGCUACUCCUGCAAAAAGAUGAUCACCAAUGGUGGGGUGACCUAUCAGGAUCAGCCAUGGCAUAAGGAAUGUUUUCUAUGUACUGGAUGUAAGAAGCAACUUGCAGAACAUCAAUUCAUGUCCAAAGAUGAACAUCCUUACUGCCUGGAGUGCUUCAGAGGACAUUUUGCAAAGAAGUGUGUGGCCUGCACCGAACCCAUUACUGCUCUUGGAGGAGGCAAGUUCAUCUCCUUUGAGGAGCGCCAGUGGCACAGCGACUGCUUCAAGUGCAGCCAAUGCACCUGCUCCCUGGUGGGAAAGGGCUUCCUCACCCAGCAAGAUAAAGUCCUCUGUGGCAAUUGUGGGUCUUCUACAUGACUCAGGAGCUCUUCGAGGUUGCUCAUCCCUUCCUCUGCAUUAUUUUAGCCAUGCACAUAAUUGCGCACUAGUCAGAAAAGAAUUAUAACAAGAAUCAUAGUGUACAACUACAUCCAAUAUAGCUACUUUCCAUAAUAGGACCCUUGUUUAAAAGAAGUCAUUCCUAACAUACAAGAGCCAGAAAAAGUUUGUGGUCUGUGUGUUUUUCUUGUAGUAGAGUGCACUCUGCUGUUAGGAAUGUGAGUCUAUACACCAUCGUGCUAAAAUUCUCAGUGAAAUAAGUUUAUGCAAGAAGUGCGUUGCCGGGGGUUGGGUGGAGAAGCACCUUAAACCUCUUCAACAGUACAAUGUUUUUUUCAUUGUGUAGCACAUACCUAUAAAAGAAUAUCCUGGCAGGCAGGUAAGAUUCAAUGGUUUAUUUUUGUCAUCUUGCUUAAUUUUGAAAAACUAAAAUGAGGCGAAAGAUUAUAU